AUGAGUUUACCACGGCUACCUAUCAUCGCUGGUCAAGUUGCCAUCGCUCCAUCUCCUGCUCCACCUCCUGCAAGUGUUCCUCCUCCAUCUGCUAUUCGUGUUUCGUCGCUCCGAUCCGAUGAUGCCACCGCAUCUCAGCCAAAGAAGUUGGAAGUGGUUUCCAAGCAAGCCACAAAAGUCACUGCCCUGUCAACCAAGCUCGAAUGGAAAAUCGAUCAGUUCGAGAAGCUGAUGAAACUCUUCAAAAAUGGUCAAAACCUGAUAAGUAGGCAGUUCGGUGUGCCUCAAGCUCCGACUGUGUGUUGGGAACUCCACGUGUAUCCUAACGGGAAGCGAGAGGAGGAUAUGAACAAUGUGUCUUUUUUCCUGCGUCAAGUUGGGCUGCAGGUAUCGCGGGAUAAAAUGGCAGGUGCGCUGAGAGCUGAUGGUUCGCUUCUGUUGAUAUGCGAGGUGGAAUAUUUCACUCCCGGAUCGAAGAUUUCCGUGGAACCUGCUGAUGAUGAGGAGUGCACGCUAGAGGAUGUUGAUGAGAAGGUUGAAAUGAGCAUACGAGAGAGUAAUCGUGAGAUGUGGGAAUCGGAACUUUUCACAGAUUGUGUUAUCAAGGUUGGCAGUAAGGAAAUAAAGGCUCAUCGGUGUGUGUUGGGGCAGCAUUCUCCUGUAUUUCGUUCCAUGUUUAAUAACGAGUCCAUGAUCGAAGCAAGAGAAGGGAUUAUUGACAUACAGGACGCGAAAUACGAAUCGGUUCGAGCAAUGGUUGAAUUUAUGUAUACCGGAUCUAUGGACACCGUUGAUUCCAAUUCCGUCGACGAAGUGCUGGCAAUAGCUGACAAAUACGAAGUGCUUCCUUUGAAAGAGCAAUGUGAGCGGAUUAUUUCCAACACAAUAACGCAGAAAAACAUCACCUCAAUUGCUGUUUUUGCGGACACUUACACUGCUACUUUGCUAAAACAGGCUGUCAUACGAUAUCUUACGGUUCACCAUAAAAACAUUAUUCGAACACCAGAGUGGAGAGCCAUGAAAAAGGAUCGUUAUGAGCUGGCAAACGAGUUACUCGAAGCAGUUCUCUCGGCAUCCGGAGAUAUGGAUGAAGAAAGCAUGAGCAAUUCAAGCAAAGGACCUGCUAGGAAGAGGAUGGAUUGGCGAGUUGUGAUUAUCACUUACAAUGUGAAUAUGCAGCGUGGUGACGAAGAUGACAUUGAAAAACUUCUUGCUCCAAGCAUUGCCAUUAAGCCGAGCUUACUAGUGAUAGGAAUGCAGGAGGUCUCUCAUGGCGAGACUGUUGUAGGUGGAACAGCAGUCACAUGGCAACGUCAAAUAUUAGAAUGGAUGAGCUCAAGAAGUGAAGGUUUAGUGUUGCUUACAAAAACUUAUCAGAUGACGAAUCAAGUGCUUGUCUAUCUAAGGCGGGCCCUACUACCGCAGGAGGUCUCUCAUGGCGAGACUGUUGUAGGUGGAACAGCAGUCACAUGGCAACGUCAAAUAUUAGAAUGGAUGAGCUCAAGAAGUGAAGGUUUAGUGUUGCUUACAAAAACUUAUCAGAUGACGAAUCAAGUGCUUGUCUAUCUAAGGCGGGCCCUACUACCGCAGGUUAGAAGGAUACAAUUUCGAUUCAUUCGCAAUACCAUGGGCGGGCUCACAGGGCACAAAGGUUCCAUUGGUGUAAAUAUUUCACUCCAUAGUGGUUUUUCGAUCGUAUUUGUUGAGAGCCAUUUCAUUCAUGAUGUGAUCUCCUAUGACAAAAGGAUAGCUCAAUUCCAUUCCAAUAAAAUCUGCUGCUUCCCUGAAGACGAUGAUGUCAAAGCUACGUUUUGGCUCGGGGACCUCAAUUUUCGGGUUGAUAAGGAACCCGAAGAGGUUGUAGAGCUGAUCAGAGCAAAGGCCUUUUCUCAGCUAUUGGAUACUAGUGAACAGCUGAAACAAGCGAUACGUCAAAAGGAAGCAUUCGAUGGAUUCAAGGAGCAACCGAUUUCUUUCCCACCUACAUACAGGUUCUAUGUUGGCUCAACUGAAUAUGACUUGAAGCGAACCCCGUCUUGGUGUGAUCGAGUAUUGUUUAGGGGCGACACCAUUUCCCCAGUCACAUAUAUAUCUAACGAGAACGUGUUGGUCAGCGAUCAUAUACCUGUGCAAGCGGUAUUUGAUUUGAAGGUACCAGGAUCGCAAGCUACCAAUUGGGAUGUGUUAUUUGAACAUUUGCCUCCAUGGUAUACGACUGUGCCAUUAAUCAGUCGCUUCCAGUUCCGUAAUAAUUACUGGAGUCGUCAUGGCAGCUAUCUGGACUGGGCAGCUGUCUAUCCGGUAUGUCAUUUCAAUGAAUUGCUACAGUGCGCUCUUUACCAUAGCACCCUCGAAGCUUCUUCGACGUGCGACGUCACUCCUCUUACAUUCGAACAUCUUUACUGCGUAAUCCCCAGAGUAAUAGCUAUAGUCGUCUGUGGGGAUAUCGCAGCGAAAAUGUUCUGCGAA